AUGUCUCUGCUUCUCAACCAGCCCUCGAAGCUAUGUUUUCGCAAACCUGUGUUGGUGAGAUCCUCUCCUCUUCACUCUGAUGGCUUCUCAUUUUCUUCCUUGGGAUCGCAAACCCUCCCUUAUGCCAUCGUCUGCGCUGAUCCUUGUAGACCAAAUCUCGUAACAGUCGUGACUAGGAGGGAGGGUGACUUCAGUCCUUUUGAUAGGAAGAUGCCAAUGGACUUGGUUGAGAGAAUGGGAAUGAUAGGAUCGUCCAAUGGAUGGACGGCUGCUAUGCAUAAGGGCGUGGUGCGUCUCCGAGAAAACCCUGCUCCAUCGCUCAAGGGCCGUGAUCUGAAAAGCAUUGAGUUGCCUCCUGUUGUAACUCUGCCUCUUUGUCAAACCCAAAUGGUCACCAACGUGGCAAUGUCCUCAUCUUCUCCAGAGGAUCUGGACUGUGUUGUGGCUGUCAAGUUCUUUGGACCUCAGCUCAGCUUUUGCAGAUACCCUGCUAGAAGUGACUCCGAGUGGAUCAACAUGAGAAUCCCAAACCCUAGUUUCUUCUCCUCCAGUGUCAUGUUUUCCAAGAAAGACGACAUGUUUCGCAUUCUCGGAUCUGGAGGCCACCUUAUGGGAUCAUGGGAUCUCAGUUGCAAACACAAGAACAAUCACAAUUUUCAGAGGUUGCGCUUCAAAAACAUUCCUAAGCUGACGGAGACAAAACGGGAGCUCCUGGAUUCGUGCUACGUGAGCGAACACUUAGUGGAGUCAAGAACCACCAAUGAAACUUUCAUGGUUAAGUGGUACAAGAAGACUGUUGCCAACACCAUCCAUGGUAUUGAGAGAAUGGAAACAGAAGCUUUAAUGGUGUUCAAGCUAGAUGAAGAAGAAGGAAACGCUGUUUACACUCAAGACAUUGGAGAUCUCGUCAUUUUCCUCACUAAGUCUGAGCCUCUUUGUGUCCCUGCUAGCUCCUUUCGCGACAUGCGUCCUAACCGCGUCAAGAUCUUGGAUGUCGACGAAACCACAAUUGUCAAUCUGGCUGCUCAAAACUGGAAUUGUUAA